AUGCUGUUGAAACAGCAGCAACAGGCUCGCAGUCGGUUGCGUCAGCAGCGACUCAAGGUCAGCUUUUUCGGAUAUCUUGUCGUUUUGGUGUUUUUCGCCGUGCUCCAGUUCAUUGGUAUCUACUUCUUUGCCAAAGGUUUUCUCUUGUCCAGACAAGUUUUACCUAAUGUGGCAGAGUGUGGUGACGAUGGAUGUCUUCCACCUCAAUUUGAAAAGACAGUGAUAGUGGUGAUUGAUGCCUUGAGGUUCGACUUUGCUAUCCCUGUUGAGGAGAGCCAGGCUGACCCAUACUACCAUAACAAUUUCCCCAUCUUACAUGAUCUCAUGCAGAAACAACCAGAUAAUGCUGUCCUUUUGAAAUUCUUGGCAGACCCACCAACCACGACAUUACAGCGUCUCAAGGGCCUCACUACGGGGUCUCUACCGACAUUCAUUGACGCUGGCUCGAAUUUCGAUGGUGACGCGAUUGAUGAGGACAACUGGCUUCUCCAAUUACACAAAAGGAAUAAGUCUAUUGCAUUUAUGGGCGAUGAUACAUGGAACGCCUUAUUCAAGCAUUACAUCAACCCAGAACUCCAUUUCCCUUACGAUUCCUUGAAUGUGUGGGACUUGCAUACCGUAGACAACGGUGUUAUAGAGCAUAUGGUUCCCUUGCUCGAUCAGAAACGGGCAAAAGAGUGGGAUCUCUUGGUCGGUCAUUUCCUUGGAGUGGAUCAUGUGGGUCACAGAUAUGGCCCUCAUCAUCUUGCCAUGAGGGACAAGUUGCAUCAGAUGAACACAUUUAUCGAAGACACUAUCAACAAAAUUGACGAUAAAACGUUGUUGAUUGUCAUGGGAGACCACGGAAUGGAUCCUACUGGAAACCAUGGUGGUGACAGUAUUGAGGAAUUGGAAAGCACGAUCUUCUUUUAUUCCAAGAACAGGAAAUUUCACAUCAACAAGCACGAUGCUGCGGAUUACGACACGUCUGAUCUUGGUAAAAACUAUAGAUCUGUCAAUCAAAUUGACUUGGUUCCUACAAUUUCUUUGCUUAUGGGUAUGCCAGUUCCACAUAACAAUCUUGGCUUCCCUAUUGAUGAAGUUUUUGGUAAUAAUAAGGACCUCAGUUCGGCCGCUCGUAUCACUGUGGAGCAGAUCAAUAGAUUUAGAGGUCUUUCUGCUGAGCUUCGACUGGAUGAGAAACUCACGGAGAAGUUUGAGUUUAUCUCCGACAACUUCACAAAGUAUGGCAAGAACAAGAAGUACUAUGCUGAUUUAAUUUCCGAAUCUAAGGCAUACCAAAGAGAUUUCUUAGACCACUGCAAGGGUCUCUGGGCGCGUUUCGACUUAGUCCUCAUUGGGCUUGGUGUGUCUGUGAUGCUCUUGUCGCUAUCUUUUGUUUUAACUUAUUCUAGAUCAAUCCCGUCAGUGAGGGUUCUGACGAUGUCGUUCGAAUUUAUCGGAUCGAUCAUUGCAAUGACCUUGUUGGGUCUUGUUUCCAGCAUCUCAAUAUUUAUUGUCUUGAGGCCAUCGGGAGUGACGCUUCGCACUUGCUUAUUAUUAGGGUGUGCUAUCGGUAUCUCCAUUGGUUUCUGGGCUCCGAUCAUGGAUCGGUUCAGCCUUUUGUGGCUUUGGCAACAGGUCGAAGAUUUUUUCCACUACAAUGUCAAUGGUUGGUCUACUAUGGGAUUAUUGAUGGUUCUUUUUCAUAGCACAAUUUUUGCAUCGAACUCUUAUGUGAUUUGGGAGGAUAAGCUUGUGAGCUUCUUUCUCACCACAUUUGGUUUCUGCUGCUUCUUUGGAUGUUUGAGAAGCUCAAAGCCAUAUGAGCAACGUAUUUUGGGUGCGCUGCACGCAGCUACGUUUAUCUUGUUAACAAGGUUGGUCUCAAUGAUUAACUUAUGUCGUGAAGAGCAGCGCCCGCUCUGUACACCAACAUUUAAGACUACUUGGUGGUCUGUGUUAUUAUUGCAUAUCUGUGCAUAUAUUUUGCCAACUGUGAUCAAGUCUUUUUACAAGUUCACGGCAUCAUACCAUUCCGCUGGACCAUUGUGGAUUGGCACAGGCAUGAAAUUCCUCAUGCUAAUGAACGCAUCUUACUGGACUAUAGAGUAUUUCGAGAACAACGACUACUUCCAGGAGAAAGCCAAAGCUUUCCUUGAAAUUGGCUUAACAAAAUCUUUAAAGUUGGGUAUUGCCCGUAUUGUGCUUUUCAUUGCGCUUGUGCUUGCAAACUUCAGCUGGUCUCGUGGCCCACUAUGUGUGAAGAUUGAGUUAUCCGACUCUCAAGAGAGCGACCAUGUUGAGACAUCAUCAAGCUCUGAUGACGAAGAUGGUGAGACUAUUUCUCCGAGACCCAGACAACCAAGGUCUCCGUCAGCUACUAUAUUGGGCUAUGGUAAUGUGUACGGUUCGUCAUACUUCCUACUUGUUAUUAACGUCGCUUGUGCAGUUCUUCUUGUCACUAAACCGUUAGGAGCAAUCUCGAUUUGCAUGAUGAUAGUCCAGCUUUUAUCACUUUUAGAGCUUUAUGAAACUUUGGGUCUCCAAAGAAAUUUGGUCGCAGUUGUUGUCUUUGGACUUUUGGGAUACCAGCACUUUUUCAGCACAGGCCACCAAGCUACCAUUCCUUCGAUUCAAUGGGAUAUCGGCUUCUUGACAACUCAGACAAUUCUGUUCCCCUUCACCCAUUUGAAUAUCCUACUCAACACAUUCGGAUCAUUUUUCAUCAUAUGCAUUGCUGUUCCGCUAAUUACACUCUGGAGAAUACCACCAUCCACCAAGCCAAUCACACUACUUUCCCAAGUGGUAACUAAUGUCACUACUUUGCUCACAUACCAAACAAUCAUCAGCAUUAUGAGUUUCAUCUUUGCUGCCCACUUUAGAAGACACUUGAUGGUGUGGAAAAUCUUUGCUCCAAGGUUCAUGCUUAGCGCCCUUUUACUAAUUGUUUUCAACGUUACACUUACGUUUGGAACCAUGUGGUUCGCCACAUCUAGGGUGUUGACACAAGUCAACAGGAUAUUUGGUAAGUGA